AGCGUUAUCGGGAAAGCGCGGGAAAAGCCGCCGUCGAGCUCAGUAGGCCCGCGUACGCCGACCGACAUGGACGUUACGACGCGCGCGCUCGUUUUGGCUCUAGCCGCGCUCGCGAUCGUCGCGCGCGCCCACCUGCCGUCCCACGAUAACAUACUCAGAGUCCAGCUAUGGGACGCCGAAGGUCUCAGCCGAGACCCCGUGCCCCCGCGGAUCUCGGAGUCAGCUCUCAACCAUCGCAAGCUCAAAGUCAACGUGAACUCCUUGUACGAUGCCAUGAUGAAGGAGUCGGAGCACGGCGCGGAGAGGUUCGCCCGGCACAAAGUCCGGCACAAGCGGAGGAGGCCGCGACAGAGUGGCACCGACCUGCCCUGGAGGUUCCACUCGGGCGCGGGUUCGCUCAACGUGGCCGCCUUCGACGACGCCGUACCCUGGGACGUGAUCGAGGGGGAUGGAUUGGGUAACGCGAGUGUAGUGAGUGCCGCGAGUGUCUUGAGUGCCGCGGUUGCCGGCGGCGGGCCGGAGAGCUCGCCGCGAGACGUGUCGCCGCCCAUGACACUGCGCCAGGACGAGGAGGACGAGGAAGUAAAGAAGCAGCUACCAGUCGCUCCCAAAUGCUGUCCCAGUGGUCAGAAUCUGACGGUAUCAUACGAGGACGGCGCGGUGCGAUCUGUCUGUACUCGGUCCAGUCUCACCUUCCAGCCGGUCUUCCACAAAGCCAAUGACACCCACAUAUGGAGCUUUGAUAGUAAUGUAUUCGAGACCAUCGUUGGGAACCCCUGCUUGUAUGACAGAUACAAAUUGGAUCCCGAGAAAAUAAGCGAAGAUGAAUUCUAUUUACUAGUUAACGGUUCUCUGUUUGUGCCGUUUAGCGAACCACAUUUACUGGGAACGAGAGAUUAUUGCAUGGAAACUUUCUGGAACGAAUCAAAUCCUGCAGGAGUUACAUUACCAUUAGUUUGUUUCCGUACACCUUUCGAAGAGGCUAAGACUUCUGUCACUCUUAUAAUUUAUGCCACAGGUUUAAUAAUAUCAGUACCGUUCCUCCUAGCUACAGCGUGUGUAUAUAUACUUAUAAAGGAACUAAGGGAUACGCAUGGCAAGGCUCUGGCCUGCCACGCUACGUGUCUUGCUAUUGCCUUUUCUUGUCUGGCGGCGACACAGCUAGCUGGACAUGCAUUCCCGAAGACCAUUUGCACGAUAAUGGCGUAUUCAAUACAACUAUCAUUCGUAUCCUGUUUCUUUUGGUUGAACGUCAUGUGUUUUGAUACUUUUUUAAACGUUAGGCGAUACAUAAACUCAUCGGUUAGUAGAAAAAGUAUGCGUCGAAGAUUUGCGUGGUAUUGCGUGUAUGCAAUACUAUUGCCUGUAAUUCUCUUAGUGGUCACAGUUACAAUGGACUUGUCGCCAGCUGUGCCCAGUACUUAUCUUAAGCCUAAUUUCGGUGUAAAAGGAUGUUGGUUUAAAACGGACCAAGCGGCACUGCCGUAUUUCUACGGUCCUGUUGCUGUUAUUCUUCUCAGUAAUCUCGUCAUUUUCUUCCUUACAUCACGUGCAUUCGCAACGCACUAUGACAAACUAAAGGACGUUACUCCGCUAGAUUUAGCACCUUCAUACAACAGUACAGAGGACUGGGUGAGACUGGGCACGGUGUUGGGAGAGCAGCUGCCUGCGCACGAACGCGCCGCCUCGCCACAAAACAAUAACAACUUCAAUCAACGCCUCAAGAAGUAUAAGAAGAUUUUUCGGACGUGUUGCAUCCUGUCGGUCAUAAUGGGCCUGUCUUGGGUGCUGGAAGUGGUGUCGUGGGCGGCCGGCGCCGGAUCCGCAGCUGUCUCCGUCUGGUCGCUCUUUGACCUCAUAAACGCUCUGCAAGGAGUUGUCAUCUUCUCUAUAUACGUCUUACAGCAACCAGUACGGUCUUAUGUUAAGUUGUCAAAGCUGUGUGAAUCGUGUAGAAGAAAAAAGAACGGCUCCGAGGUGUUCGUGGUUAGUGAACGAAACAGCAUAGACUGUGGCUCCGGUAGAAGAGAUUAUGUAUAGAGCUGCAGUUAGUGUUCGCAAGAGUUGGCAAACUUUGACAAGUGUCGGCAAGAAUUGGCAAACUUUGGCAAGUGUAGGCAAGACUUGGAAAACAUAGUUAAAUGUCGAAAAGUGUCAGAAAAAGUUUGCCAGUGUCGCAAAUAGUGUACAGAGUAUCGUGUGUAUAGCGAGAGACUGAUAGAGUUAACAGUAUUACAUACAUUGCGCGAGAUCGUUUUAGUUAUGGUUAAACUAUCGAACUUUAUAGUUAUUACUGUAUAAUGUAUGUAAAUAAUAUUUA